AUGGCUUCGCCUUACGCCGGCGGCGUGCAGCCUCCCUCUCCCGCUGCGGCGGUGCAGCAGCAGCAGCAGAAGAACCACUCCCUGGCGUUCCGCGUGAUGCGGCUGUCUCGCCCCUCGCUCCAGCCAGACCUGGCCGCGCUGCUCCGCUUCGACCCACGCGACGUCUUCCUCCCUGAGGACGCGCUCACCGGCUGCGACCUGUCGGCCGCCGCCAAAUUCCUCGACGGCCUUCUCCACCCUGCGGACUCCGCCACCGCCGUCCCUGGAGACUUCACCCUCCGCGACCGCUUCCUCCUCCGCGACCCAGCCGACGCGCUCGCUCUGCCGGGCCUCCUCGUCCUGCCCCAGUCGUUCGGUGCUAUCUAUUUGGGCGAGACCUUCUGCAGUUACAUCAGCAUCAACAGUAGCUCCAGCUUUGAGGCCAGGGACGUCGUCAUCAAGCCGACUGCAAGCAAAGAUGUUGAUCUCCGUGCUGUGAAAGUUCCACCUAUCAUAUAUGUGGAAAGAGCAUUUCUGGUCAAUCUGUGCCUUACAAAUCAAACGGACAAAACUGUGGGCCCUUUUGAAGUAUUUCUAGCUCCAAGCAUGUCGGGUGAAGAUAGAGCUGUUCUAGUCAAUGGACCACAGAAGUUGAUUUUACCUUUGGUGGAGGCUUUUGAGUCUAUCAAAUUUAAUCUGAGCAUGGUAGCCACCCAGCUAGGAGUGCAAAAGAUUUCCAGAAUUACAAUGUACGCCGUUCAGGAAAAGAAGUACUAUGAACCUUUGCCCGACAUAGAGGGCUCUCCAUGUGAACAAGGACUCUAUAAAUGUUCAUGCUGGCAGCAAAGUGGUCUCUUUCUUUGUCAAGGGAUGUUGAGGAAGCAGAAGCUGUAG